CAGUAAUAAUGCGGGACAGUCCGUCAGUGAUGGCAGAGUACAUGUAUCUUGUGCGGCGGGCCGCGGGUCAGAUCACCGGUCAUGGCGGUGUCAGAGGCUUUAUACUGCAGCUGUUCAGGGUAAAUGAUAUCAAGACUGGAGCCUUGGUGGGAAUCGACAAAUAUGGCAACAAAUACUAUGAGGACAAUAGAUACUUCUUUGGCCGUCACAGAUGGGUGAUUUACACCACAGAGAUGAAUGGCAAGAAGACUUUAUGGGAGGUUGAUGGCAGCAUGGUACCUGCUGAAUGGCACCGUUGGCUGCACUGCAUGACCGAUGACCCUCCCACCACUCACCCUCCAGAACCCAAGAAGUUUCUGGCCAAGGUUCAUCAGUUCAACCUCAGCGGCACGUCUAACUGCUAUGUGCCAUAUUCCACCACCCGCAAGAAGAUCCAUGAGUGGGUGCCCCCAAAAGCUGGGGAAAAAUAACCCCCACCCCUAACCCUGUCCCUUUGCCAUCUUUGUUCUGUCUGGGACGUUCUGUAAAUUGUAUAUGAAAUUUGUAAUCAUAAAUAAGUUAAAACAAAAUUGA